UAGGUGCGCGCUGGCCUCGCGAUAGCCUCGCCUACUGGAAUCAAAGCCCGGCUCGAGAAGUGGAUGCUGACAAGCGGUCAUCAUGCAAAGGUUACACCGGAUCCCCUCCAUCGAGCCUCCUAGGAAGACGCUCAUCCGCAGGAUCCACCCGGACUACAACAUACGAGACGUCUAGCGAAGCACCGUAGCCAAAUAAAGUCACGGUCAGCGGCCAUUUUUUUGGCUACAGCAGGUGUGAAUCGAUGGACGACAACUCAGAGCUUCGUCGAAUUAUUGAGAGUGCGUACUUUGGCUCUGCUCGGCGGCAAAGUGCCUUGAUGAGUGUCCAAAGUAACAGUGGAAGUGGUGGUGGAAGUUUGGAGGCGACGCCAUCUUGGUCACAGCUCUCCUCCUCCCCAACGAUUUCUCAACAACAUAUAACGGCGACCGCAAAGAGCAAGGAAGGCCCCAUGGACGAGCUGCACAGCCUGGACCCCCGGAGACAGGAGCUGCUGGAGGCCAGGUUUACAGGAGCUGUGAGUGGCAACACGGGAGGCAGCGCUGGGAGCAUGAGUGGAGGUGCUAAGGGUCUGGCCAAUGAGUCCUCCAACCACAGCUAUGGAAGCCUUGGAUCGUCCAGCGACAAAGAGUCUGAGAACUCUGAUAUGAAAAGAGGGAGCUCCCCUGCCUACUCAACCCCAGAGAAGAAGCACUCCGAAUCAUCCAGAGGGAGGAAAAGGAAAGCUGACACCUAUUCGGAGAGCAGUCAAGGGAAGUCCUCGACUCGCGGGCAUAAGAUCAGCGACUACUUUGAUUUCCAGGGGGGUAAUGGCUCCAGUCCAGUUAGGGGCCUGCCAUCAGCUCGCCGGUCUCCACAGAGCUCACACUCUGCACCAGGCUCAAUAAUCCGGCAAAACAGCUCCUCCCCCACGAGUUUGUGUUUUGCGGAACAUAAUCCCAAAUCCAGUAAAUGCGUCCAGACGGAGUUAACAGGACUGAAACUAGCUGCUCUUGAGAGCAACAAGAAUCUUGACCUGGAAAAGAAAGAGGGACGAAUAGACGACCUCCUCAGGGCUAACUGUGACCUGCGGAGACAGAUUGAUGAACAGCAAAAACUCCUGGAGAAGUACAAGGAGAGACUGAACAAGUGCAUUACUAUGAGCAAGAAGCUCCUCAUAGAGAAGAGCACCCAGGAGAAGCAGUCAUGCCGUGAGAAGAGCAUGCAGGACCGUCUCCGUCUCGGCCACUUCACCACUGUGAGACAUGGGGCAUCCUACACGGAGCAGUGGACUGACGGAUAUGCAUUCCAGAACCUGAUCAAGCAGCAAGAAGGCAUCAACCAACAGAGAGAGGACAUUGAGCGUCAGAGGAAGCUGCUAGCUAAGAGGAAGCCUCCAAACCCAGCAUCACCCUCCCUGUCUGUGGCCUCCACCUCUGAACCCAAGCAGAGAAAGACCAAGGUGGUCAACGGCAAUGAUUCAGACCCCUUCCUCAAGCCCUCCCUGCCCCAGCUACUGACCCUAGCUGAGUACCACGAGCAGGAGGAGAUUUUCAAGCUCCGCCUUGGGCACCUGAAGAAGGAGGAGGCUGAGAUCCAAGCAGAGCUGGAGCGAUUGGAGCGCGUGAGGAAUCUUCACAUCAGAGAGCUGAAGAGGAUAAACAAUGAGGACAGCUCGGCGUUUAAAGACCAUCCCACUCUGAACGAACGCUACCUUUUACUGCACUUGCUGGGCAGGGGCGGCUUCAGCGAAGUUUACAAGGCCUUUGACCUGUUUGAGCAGCGCUACGCCGCUGUUAAAAUCCACCAGCUCAACAAGAACUGGAGGGAGGAGAAAAAAGAGAACUACCACAAGCAUGCAUGCAGGGAAUAUCGGAUACACAAGCAGCUGGACCAUCCCAGAAUAGUCAAACUGUAUGACUAUUUCUCCCUGGAUACUGACACGUUCUGUACAGUGCUAGAGUUCUGCGAAGGCAACGACCUGGAUUUCUACUUGAAGCAAAACAAGCUGAUGUCAGAGAAGGAGGCCCGCUCCAUCGUCAUGCAGAUUGUCAGCGCCUUGCGGUAUCUCAAUGAGAUCAAGCCCCCUAUCAUUCACUACGACCUCAAACCUGGUAACAUAUUACUAGUGGAUGGAACUGCAUGUGGAGAAAUCAAAAUCACAGACUUUGGAUUGUCAAAGAUCAUGGAUGAUGAUAACUAUGGUGUGGACGGGAUGGACCUCACAUCCCAGGGAGCAGGGACUUACUGGUACCUCCCUCCAGAGUGUUUUGUUGUGGGAAAGGAGCCGCCAAAAAUUUCAAACAAGGUGGAUGUCUGGUCUGUGGGAGUGAUCUUCUUCCAGUGCCUCUAUGGGCGCAAGCCGUUUGGUCACAACCAGUCUCAGCAAGACAUUCUCCAGGAAAACACCAUUCUCAAAGCCACUGAGGUCCAGUUCCCUGCUAAACCACAGGCCAGCACAGAAGCCAAGGCGUUUAUCCGCCGCUGUCUUGCCUACCGUAAGGAGGACAGGUUCGACGUGCACCAGCUGUGCUCGGACUCCUACCUCCUCCCUCACAUGAGACGCUCAAACUCCUCCAGCUCCCUGCAGCCCCCUGCCUCAUCACUCACCACCUACUGAUUGGCUCUCUUAAUAUGAUUGACAGCACCGUGUGGCCAGUCCUGGGGGCAGGAUUGAUGGAAAUGCAUGGCGGAUGUGGAUAAAUCUUGAAAAGCAGAGAUCUUCCAGAAUGCAUCCAUUAGCAAACGAGCCUAAUUAAAGGGAAACUAGGAGGGAAUAGUAGGGGUUGAUGCUCCUGAUUUCACUAUGAAAGCAUCUGAAAUAAGAGACCUGGAAUUGGGGCUUGUAGAUGUUUAUGGAUGAUGUUAAUGAACCUCUUAGGAGACAUUUGUACAGCUCGCAGACACCCUGUCCAAGCUCGUCUCUUCGUUCCACUUCAUCACGUAGCUUUGUCAGAAAGACCGGCGCCUCAAGGACGAUGACUUGGAGAAGCAGAAGUGAGUGAGUGCUCAUACCUAAUAAGGGAAGUUUUUCAGAAAAUAACAAGAAAUUUCUCUCAUCGGACGCAAAAGUAAAUGCGGGAAAUUUACAGGAAACUAUUUAAAUGCGAGGGCGACAGAAAAGAAAAGGCAAAACACGAGAGUUUCCCGGGAAAACGGGAGGCUUGAGAAGUAUGUUUCCGUUUAACACAAAGGAUGGCUGCAUCUCAUUGAUUAAAAAAAAAAAAAAAAUCCAGAUAACAAAUUCUGGUGUUGAAUUGCACUUCCCACUCAGAUUGUGACAUCCUGGUGUUGCCGUUUUGUUAUGAAGUGCGACUGCAGAGUCCUCGGUCUGCAUUUUAGUUGUGUCGCAAAGUAGCCGAGGUUACAGAACAUAGAUGUGAUUUUUAUGUCUGAAUCCAUUAUUGCUGUUUAGGAAAAGUCAUACACCAGCCUGGAGUGGGCUGGACUGGACCCAGGACUACUCAGAGGGGGUUCAGUGAACAUUUCUCACUAUCGACUAUCUAAAGAGGCUUGUCCUUGCUUCCCGUUGUCUUUGUGUUUUCCUCCAGAAAGCUGAUCUCUUUGCUGCUACACGUCUUGCUCUAACUUUGUAAUGUGUGAAUGGCUUUGGCCUUGAUUAUGUGUGAACCACUUUCCCCUUUUUUGCCAUCUACAUCCACGUGGAUUAUUGUUUAGCUUCCAUGGAAAAGACAUGCUGGCUAGUCGGAGAGGGAGUGCUGGGAUUCAGCUAAAAAGCAGCUAGGUAAAUAUAAACGUAGACUAACUUCAUGUGAAGCCUUCUCAGGGCAUUGAAUCGAUCACGACUUACAUCAGUUCAUGCUCAAAGACCAGAUAGGACGACUCUUUGACUGGCAGAGGCCUUACCCCACACAAAAAAAGUGAAACCAUUCUUUUUGUGGGGUAUGCUUGUACCUUAGAGCAGGGGUGUCCAAAGUCGUAAUUUUAUGAGAAUAAGAUUGUAAUAUUAUGAGGAAAAAGCAUAAAGCAUAAAGUUUUUUAAAAUGGUAAUAUUAUGAAAAAAAAAAACAGGUAAUUUUAGGUAAAUGAUGUUGGUGAAGGGCCGCACGGUGGUCUAGUGGUUAGCAUGUUGGCCAAUACAGGAACAGCCUGGAGAUCAGGAAGACCUGGGUUCGAUUCUCCCCUGGGCAUUUCUGUGUGGAGUUUGCAUGUUCUUCCCGUGUGCGUGUGGGUUUUCUCCACGCGCGCAGGUUGUAAUUUUGGAAAAUUAGGAUGGGGAAAAAGUCAUAAUAUUACCACACAAAAAAAAGUAGGAUUAUUCAAGAAGAAAGUUGACAUAUUUGGAAAGUUUAUUUCAGGAAAAGAAAAAAAACAGCAAAAAAUGGGGGAAAAAGAGCAAAGAUUGAAGUUAAUUUCAGCUACUUUAUAUCCCAAAGCUGAGAUGCAGUUUUUUCUUCUUAGCAUAUCGCCAUGUGUUGCUUUACAAAAUAUCAAUGCGGCCCUUGCAUCCUUUCAUUUGGCACUAUGUGGCCCUCGCUGGAAAAAGUCUGGACACCCCUGCCUUAGAGGAUAAAAAGAUGUCCCGUGUAGUCUUGAGCAUGACUGGAUGAAGCCUGAACAAACUAGUUGCGAUCGGCUGAAUGCCCUCAGAAUACAAAGACCUGGAUGAAUAAGAUAUUCAUGUAAGGGCAGGUUGCCGGCUGUUAGCAUGAAAGUUGCAAGCCCAGAACUGUGUCCACUUUUUUUGGUUGUCAUUUUGUAAUAUGAGCCUUUUGGGGGCGUUAGAAGAAGAAAACAUGCAUCCCUCGUGUUCAGUCAGGAGCAUGGAGUGCAUACUUUUAAUAUCAUUCAACGUGCAUAGACAGACAUAAGUGCAGCCAUUAGUAAGCGACAUGUGGGACCAUAUUAGCGGGAAGGGGUCAACGCUUGGCCAUUCCAUUCAAAUGCAAUAAAGAUUGCCUUCAAUGUCUUGCUGCGGUUUUUACUGUGUAGACUCAUGCUACCUCGCUGAAUGGGGGGAGGGGGAGGUGUGAGUGACACAAAUAUUAGUAUAUUUUGACUCAAGAUGGUUUGUAAACAACACAUAGCUCCAACAAGCAGGUCUCACCCCAACAAUUGAUAGCGCUAAUCCAGAGAGUUUAGAACAAAAAUCACUCUGUGUAAAUAUCUACUGUUGUUUUUUUCCUCCCCUAUUCCUGCAUGAAUGUGGGACACGGGUGAUCACAACUGAGCGAAAGAGAAAUUUGGAGGCACUGGGACUUCCAUGCUACUGCAACAGAGCACAACGUGUUGUACUUAACACAGGGGUGUCCAAAGUGCGGCCGGCGCUUUUUUAGAGAGGGGGCGGGGGGUAUUUUACGAGAAACCAAACAAAAUAAAGUUGUGAUUUUUGGAAAAUUGGGUUGAGGAAAAAGGUCAAAAUAUGAGAAUAAAGUUAUUAUAUUACUAGAAGAACAUUUACACGAAAAAAGUUAAAAUAGUUGGAAAAUAAAUAUAAAAAAUACAGCAGAAAGGGGAAAAUACAUCUGUGAUUUUAUGAGAAUAAUGUCAAAAUAUUAAGAAAGAAAACUGCAAUUUUACAAGAAUAAAGUCAUGAAAAAAAAAUCUAAUUUUAGUAGCAAAGACUUGGCAUAUUAAAGAAAAUACAUAUUUUUUUAAAGUGGGAAUAUUAUGAAUUAGUUAUAAAUUAGGUUGGGGAGAAAUUAUAUUAUUGGAAUAAUGUCAAAAUAUGAAAAUAAAGUCAAUAAAUAAUAUGACUGAAAAAUUAUAUUGUAAUAUGAGGAACAAAACAGUAAUUUUUUGAGAAUUAUUGAGAAAAAGUAAUAUUACUAAUAUGGGAAUAAGAACAUUUACAAAGAGAAACUUGAAAUAGUUGGAAAAUUAAAAAAAAAAGCAGAAAUGGGAAAAAUACUUUGACUAGAAUAAAAGUCAAAAUAUUUAGAGAAAAAAAUUAUUUAAUGACAAAAAUGUUGCAAUUUUACAAGAAUAAACUUGUAAUAAAAGCAAAGAGUUAAAACACUAAAGAAAAAGUUGUACGAUGAAUUAGGUUGGGGGAAGAGCUAUAUUAUGGGAAUCAAAUUAUAUUAUGAAAAGAAAGUUGAAGUAUUUGGGAAAAUUAAAAAACAGCAAAAAUGGAGGCGAAAAGAGCAAAGACUUCCAACUAUAUCACAAAUCUGAGAUGCAGUUUUUUCUUGAAAUAUGUAUGACUUCUUAGCACUUCUUGUGUUGCUUUACAAAAUGUCAAAGCGGCCCUUGGUGGAAAAAGUUUGGACACCCCUGCUCUAACGUCACACUUGAAACUGAAUAAAAACAAACUGAUGUGGUCACUGUAGGUCAGGGGUCUCAAACUCACACUUACCUGGGCUGGGGGCUGCUGGAGGUAGAGCCUAGCAAGUAUUCCCCAAAAUACAACUGAGACCUGGCAGCGCUUCCUCUUACACGGUGUAGCUGGGAGUGUUUCUGACUUCCCAGCAUGCCUUGCGGCACUUGUUUUGUAUAAAGUCGCUAAUGUACGUGGUUAGAGUUAACAUUACAGCUGCAACAAUUAAUCGAUAAUUAACAGCUACUUUGGUGUUCAAUUAAAAAAAAAAAUCUUAUUUAAAAAUGUAAAUAUCCUCUCAAAUGUUUUUUUUAGUUUUUUUUGUUUUUUUUAGACAGCAAACAUAAAAGAUAUUCACACAUCAGCUUUGACAUUGGAAAACAAUGAAUGACAUUUUUGCCUCUUUUCUGAUGUGUUGCAGACCAAGCUGCUAACAGUUUGCGUUUGGUUCAUACUGAUUUGGUCCAUCUCUAAGACACUGAUGUUAAACUCAAGGCCCGGGGGCCAGAUUCGGCCCGCCAUAUGAUUGUAUGUGGCCCACGAAAGCCUGGAAACAAUGCAUGUCAAAAAGACACUUAUUUUGUUAUUUUAAAAUCUAUAUAUUUUAUUCUUCAUUUCAUUUUGAAAAUCCUUUUCAAUGUUAUAGGUUUUAUUUAUUGUGAAAAAUCAUUUUAUUUAAAAAACAAAAUUUUUUACAUCAAAAUGUCGAUCUUUCCUGCUAAAUAUAUUUGUUAAAGUUUGUAUUUUUGUUGUCAAAUCCAAUUGAAAAUUGAUUAAUGAAUAAUUACAAUUAUACAAUAGAUGUAUUCUCAAAUCUGCACGGGGCACCUUGACUUCUUUCAAUGCAAGUUUGUUGGUAAAACAAUAUGUGAAAAUAAUAAUCAAAUGUGUCAUAAUAUCAUGUGGUGAUCAUACAGUACAUUAAUAUGGCUUCAGUUACAGGUGGCCCUCUGAGGGUAACCAUAACUGUGAUGUGACCCACAGUGAAAAUGAGUUUGACACCCCUGAUAUAAGGCCUAAGCGAUUACUCAAUUAAUGGAAACGACAAGCUUCAGAUUAAUUGACUAAGAAAAUAAUUAAUUGCAGCCCUUGUUGUUUAUUAUUCCCCAUAGUCGUAGUAAUGUGUUUACUUACCUGUUACAUGUGCUGUCAUUGUUGUGUUUGCGCCGUCAUUGUAGUUAAGUGUCCCAUCUAGUGACUGAUGCCAGGCAGCAGAAGACAAUGCAGGAAUCGACAUGAGAAAGUUGGGUUGACCUCAGCUUUGACUCAAGGACAGUUGAAGCAGACUUGCUUGUCAUGGCGGAUGGAUUGCGCCGGUAAGGAAGUACAGGUAAAUCUAUCCCCCAAAUACCUCAAUGUUUUCAUAAAAACACAUGCUCGGUGUAAAAUGUGUUUGGGUUUAUUGCUUGCACUGUGCAUACUUGAGAUAUUUAAAGUUUCAUGUUUACAGUGACAGCCUUUGCCACCGUGGUAGUUGAAUGUAACCCAACUGCAGCCAUGUUUCUCCCGGAUGCAUCACCCUCAGGGUAAUGCAUGGAGCUCAUGCAGUUAUUUCUCCCAAGUGUCUGUUGUAUAGGGAAAGCCAUAAUCAGACAUACAAAAGGAGAAAAACUUAUCGCAAAAUGCAAAGGUGGUGCAAAAUAUAGCAGUGUUGGUACAAUCGCAAUAAGAAAUGGAUACAUGGGCCUGGAGGUCAACUAAAUCAAAUACAUGGCAAGAAUGGAAGGCUUUACAGUGAAUGUACCAGGGUUAGAACCAUGCCAAGUUCUCCUGUCUGUGUUGGAUCACAGGAGGGAUGAUGAUGAUGAUGUACUAAGGCAGCCCUUGUCAGAACUUUGGAGCAGACGAGCACAAGGAUCUGUGACUAGUGUUUUUGAAGUAGCGCCUGACAUACAGAAGAACUCUGACUAGCGUUAACAUAGUAAUGCUGUCUUUAAUUUAGGGUGUCAUGACUUUACUACCAUUUGGUGAGGUAUAAUGUAAAGGUAUCGCAGAGCCUUGCAGUGGCAUUAUGUACAAAGCCCAACAGUCAGUCUUUAGCUUUCUGAGAAUGUGGCCCCUGGAACAAUUGUAAGUACACUACCGGUCAAAAGAACACUCCAAUUUCUCUCGAAAGAAAUUUUUGUAGCAACAAAUGACUUUCUCCAGUACAACGCUGUUCAACUGAUGCUCACAAUGGUAUAGUACCACAGUGUGUUCCGAACACUGCUUUUAUGCAGACAGAGGAGGUAGCAAGUACUCCAGAACUUGGAACACCUGUAGGAAUUGGUAGCACCAACUGUGGAACAGCUUUUAAUUGUUGACAGAUUUUGUGGUUCCUGAAACAGGCAUUUUUGUAUAAUAUACAGAAUUGUUCAUUUUUUGGGUAACCUUACUUUUUUUUUUUUUUUAACCUCUGGCACUUCACCACUUACUGUUGUCAAACUAUUCAUUGGACUUGAAUGACUUGAAUUCCUAUAAAUAACUGAAAAAAUUAGGGUGUUCUAAAACUUUUGACCAGCAGUGUAAUGUAUAUUAUCCCAUUUCUUUAACCAGACACACUUCAUCCACAUUCAGAACCUCUGACUGGGUACAACCCGCCCCCGGCCAAAUAAAUAGAAAAAACAAAGACGAGAGACAGGAGAGGAUAGAGAAACCGGGUGUGUGUUUUGCUUCCAUAGUUAAGCGAGAUAUACAUUUCCAAGUUACGAGGACGUUAGUGUCGUUUCCGUAGGAGGCUGCAGGUCCGUGACAUUUGUGGCAUCGGUGACAGGCUCUGUGG